AGCUAAUUCCAUAUGCCAUUUUGGACUGAAUCUUAUCCUUAAGAGGUUACUACCUUCAAAAAUACUGUGAGAUUCACAAAGUACUGCCUUGGAGACCUUUUCUAACUUGUGAUGCUUAGAAUGUUAGGGACCCAUAAAAGGAGGACACCCCCAGGGUAACCCUAUGAUUUCAUCACAAGGAGCAAAAGAAUAUGUGCAUCCUUAGAACCCACAGCUUCAAACGACAACGAUUUUGGACCUCCUUUUGUUUGCUUAGCAGCAUCACAAGCAAGCUGCCUUCUGAGGAAAUGGGUGACUGGUUUGAGGGACACACUUUUAAAGAAGUCUUCUCUGAUGGACAUAUUCAUUGUAGAGGAGAAACAUACUGCUUCCAUUGUCUUAGAGCUGUUGUUUCUUGUUGCAUGUUGUGAGUUCUUCAAGAACAUGGGUACCUAGAACUUGGCAGGACUGUUUGUCAAGUAGAAACUGGAAUAAUGCCGGGGCAUGGGAUUAAACCUGGCAUUCCACAUCGCUGGAGGUAUAACAUGCAUAGCCGAUGAGUGAAACUUCACCAGCGCCACCCGUUCAAUGACAGGCAGGAUGAUGAUGUAAAUGCUUCAUCUUGAACCACCCAACCUUCAGACUCACUUCUGUAUAUCCAGCACCUGCAGCAGCCCUGUGAAACAUCACAAUGACUAAACAGGACAAGUCAGCAGAAGGAAACGAUGGCAGUGAUGACAAUCAAGAAGGCAGUGCAGUUGAGAAUGAAGAAAAUGCCAAAGGAACAGAUAAAGGGAAGAAGAGAGCAACACCAAGACCCAGAAGAGCACAUGCCAGAGGGAGAGACAGGCAUGGUGAUGAAGAUGAUGAUGAUGAUGAAGGUGGGAUGAGGAGAGCUGGGCCUCGCCGGCACAGAAGCCGUAGACGAGGACGAGCAGCUGGAAAUGAGGCCAGUGAUUCUGAUAUGGAACCUGCAAAAGCCAAGAAGAAUCAAGCAAAUCAGAAAUCCAAGGAAGAUGAUGACGAAGAUGAAGAUGAGAAAGGGGGUAAAAGUGGGAAAGGUAAAAAUGAGAAGAAAGGGGACAAAAAAUCUGAUAAAAAAGGGAAAAAAGAGAAGGCCAACAAGAAGAAAAAAGACAAAAAGAAGUCAGGAUCAGGCUCUGAUUCUGAAUCUGAGGAGGAGCCAAUUACAGAGGAGGAAUUGGCCAAGCUGAAAGAAGAAGUAGAAGAAAAAAAGAAACUGAUUGCCACGCUACGAAACAAGCCAUGGAAGAUGAAAAAGAAAUUGUCUGUCUUGAAGGAAGCACAGCUUUUUGUUGAGAAGUUUGAAGGUGCACUUGGAAAAGGAAAAGGAAAAAAAUUCUAUGCAUACAAAGUGAUGAUGAUGAAGAAAUGGAUGAAAUUUCAAAGAGAUUUUGAAAAUUUUAAGACAGCCUGCAUACCCUGGGAAAUGAAAAUUAAGGAGAUUGAAAGUCACUUUGGCUCAUCAGUAGCAUCUUAUUUCAUAUUCUUGCGUUGGAUGUAUGGAAUAAAUAUGAUUCUCUUUGGAUUGACCUGUGGUCUUGUAAUGGUGCCUGAGGCUUUGAUGGGUAAGCCAUAUGGCUCUUUGCCUAGAAAAACUGUCCCAAGAGCUGAAGAAGCAACUGCUAUGAAUUUUGCUACCCUCUGGGAUUUUAGUGGCUUUGCACAGUAUUCUGUACUCUUUUAUGGUUAUUACAAUAAUCAGAGGACAAUCGGGUGGCUCAAGUUCAGGAUGCCUCUUUCAUAUUUCCUUGUUGGAGUUGGGUCUAUCGGCUAUAGCUUUAUGAUUGUCACUCGAACAAUGGCAAAGAAUGCAAAUGAUGACGGUGGUGGGGAUGAUACUAGUUUUAAUUUCAGCUGGAAAAUGUUCACAAGCUGGGACUACCUGAUUGGCAAUCCUGAGACAGCGGAUAAUAAGUUUGCCUCCAUCACAACAAGCUUUAAGGAAGCAAUUGUGGAGGAGCAGGAGAGCCGGAAAGAAGAAAAUAUUCAUUUGACUCGAUUCUUAAGGGUUCUUGCCAACUUCUUAGCCCUAUGCACACUUGCUGGAAGUGGCUACCUCAUCUUUUUUGUUGUCAGAAGAUCCCAGCAAUUUGCCUUGGAAGGUCUGGAGAACUACGGGUGGUGGGAAAGAAAUGAAGUGAACACGGUUAUGUCACUUUUAGGAAUGUUCUGUCCAACUUUAUUUGAUGUAAUCAGUUCUCUGGAAAAUUACCACCCUCGAAUAGCUCUAAGAUGGCAGCUGGGAAGAAUCUUUGCUCUUUUCCUUGGCAAUCUCUACACUUUCAUUAUUGCCCUAAUGGAUGAAAUCAACCUCAAGCUGGAAGAAGAAAAGAUAGUCAAAUACAACAUGACAAUAUGGGAAGCCAGUCUGUACAAUGGUACUAUUCCAGAGAAUUCAACUGCUCCUCCAAUACAGGUGGAUCCUGCUGAUGUCCCCAGAGGACCAUGUUGGGAAACAAUGGUAGGACAGGAAUUUGUGCGCCUGACAGUCUCUGACAUGAUGACAACAUACAUCACAAUUCUAAUCGGCGAUUUUUUGAGAGCUGUCUUUGUUAGAUUUUUCAAUUAUUGCUGGUGCUGGGAUUUGGAGUACGGAUUUCCAUCAUACUCUGAGUUUGAUAUAAGUGGCAACGUGCUGGGACUGAUCUUUAACCAAGGCAUGAUCUGGAUGGGAUCUUUUUAUGCUCCAUGUCUCCCAGCAAUCAAUGUGUUCCGCCUCCACACAUCAAUGUAUCUGCAGUGCUGGGCAGUGAUGUGCUGCAACGUGCCCCAGGAACGAGUCUUCAAGGCUUCCAGAUCCAAUAACUUCUACAUGGCCAUGCUGCUUUUCAUCCUUUUUCUCUCCACACUGCCUGCUGUGUACACCAUUGUCUCCAUCCCACCAUCUUUUGACUGUGGUCCUUUCAGUGGGAAGACUAGAAUGUAUGAAGUCAUUUCAGAAACUCUGGAGCACGACUUUCCUUCCUGGUUUGGGAAGGUAUUUGGUUAUGCCUCUAACCCUGGACUUAUCCUACCCUUUAUAUUGUUGAUGGUCCUGAGCCUUUAUUAUCUCAACGCAACCUCCAAAUCCUACAAGGAAGCUAACUUGGAACUUAAAAAGAAGUUACAAAGUCAAGCAGAAGAAAAUAAAAGAAGAAAUAAACAAAAAGCACAAAAAUCAAAUGAACAAGAGGAAAAUCCAUUUGAGACCGAACCGCCACCAGCAAAGCCUAAAGGAGACAAGCAAGAUGAGUCCACUCCAAACAAUGACAACAAGAAAGGACAGGAUGGCAAUGGAUCAAAGACAGGCCAGCCACAAGAAACCAGCUCCUCUCAGCAUCCUGGCCCUGUGCUGAACGGCCACUAUCCUCCACAGAGCCGAGGAGGAAACCUUCCUCCACCAUCCAUAGCUGUGACAAGGCCACCCGGGCCCAGAGGGCCUAGAAUGCCAGGCUAUCCACCUGGAAAUCCUUGCCUUCCAGGGAUGCAGCCAGGAAUGCCUAGGGGCCCUCCCAUGUACAGAUAA